AUGAUAUUUUGUACCACAAGUGAAGAUUUAAACCCCAAAAUUGUUGAAAAACUUGAAUUAAAGGAAGAUGAAAGACCAAAGUAUUUAUUUUCAUUAUGGAAGAUAUAUUGUGCUGCAAAUAUUGUUGAUGACCAACUCCCAAAUGAGCUACCAAUGACUACUGAUGGUCAUAUAAAUGCCAUUUCAGAUAAUGAUUCAAUAUUCAAUCAAUCAUUUAAAUCCAUUUAUCUUGACCCAAAAUAUAAACAUGAGGAAAUAAAGGAUGAAGACCUUUUGGAGAAUAUUGAUGAAUUAGAAUUAUUUAUUGAGUAUUCACUAAAUAGAAUGCCAGAAAACAAAGCUGUACUUGCUUUAAGCACAUUACUAAGGACUUUCUACCAUUUUGAUGAUGCUUUACAUUCAGAUGAACAAGAUUUAGAUAACUGGAGAAAAGAUGCAAUGAAAAAUUUGAUCGUAAACCCAAUAAACAAUUUCAUUAAUAAGCUACUUAAAGUCCAUGAUGUUGAAUAUUCACUUAAAACUUUUAUGCCAAAAAGGAUCAAACCAAAAAGACCAAGUGAAGUUUGGGAAUCUUACAAAACUCACAGUGAUGGGAAAUACCCUAAAGAACUUAUAGAUGACAUAAUGUUUCACAAUUGUCAACCAGAUUUUCCCGUAACACUUGAGAGUGGAAAUAAUAAAAAAUCUGUUUGUGCCAUAGAGAUGAAGGGAAAAGAUGUAUCUGGUAUACUUGAAGAUCUCAAACAUAGUGAUAAUUUUCCUAAUAUAUCAAAAUUUUCUCGUCAGUCAAUUCAAUAUCAAAUUUUUAUGAAAUUAAAUAGUUUUAUGGUGAGUGAUUUUAAUAGAACCAUAUAUUUUGAGUAUCCAUUGAGAUCAGGUAAAUGGGAAAGUGAUGAUGAAGAAAAGGUUUUUUUCACAGGUGCUCCAGUAAAAUAUAAGAUCUUUGAUAAUUGUGGAACUUAUACUUCAACAAAUCCAAUCCAGUUACAGCUUUUUUUAAUGUUGAAAUUUUAUGACGCUUUUAAAAGAACGGUACCUACAUAUAAAUGGUUAAAAGAAUACAAUGGUAAAGAUGAGUUAACGGAAUCCUCAGAUCUGGAUGAAAAAGACAACCCAAAUCUUUUCAAUUCAUUUAUCAUAUCAUUAUUUAGAAAUGGGUUUAAAAAGAAAGUUGCAAUGGAGAAGAUGGAUAAGAUUCCAGGGGAAAUAACUAAAACCCCCUUGGAAUUUCCAGCUAAAGAUUUUGAGAGAGAAAAAGGAGGAAGAAAUGCCUCAAAAAGGUUAAAAGUUGAUGGAAAUGACAUAAAUUUUGAUUCAUCGAAAUUGUUCCCAACCAAUACCAAUCUAAAGCUUUCAAAUUACAAGUUAUUAAAUGAAUACUCAAAUAGUAGAGGUAUAAAAAUUAUAAUUGAAGGCGGUGAUAUAUUUAAAAGUAAUACAAACAUUUCGAAUAAAGUAUUCUUCAAAAUGUUUGAUCUAGCAAACUUACAAAAUCUUCAUGCUGCUGGUAUGCCAUGUUAUGAAAAAGAAUUUCAGAAAUUAACUGAAUCAGAAAUUAAUAUAUUGGUUACACUAGCUGAUAAACCUAGAGAUUUCAAAUACAUUUUGGAAAGUUUAAAAAGAAGUUACAUAAGAGAAGUCACAGCUUUAAAAAAGAUCAAUCAAUGGAAUUCAACACAUGGUAUCAAAAAUCGUAUAAAUUCACCUAAAUUACUGCAAUAUGGAUGGACUUAUCUUGAAUUACCGUUAGAAGGUAAGUCUGGAUAUGCUUAUUGGGGACCUUUCAUAUGUACAGAAUACCUUGAAUUCAUAAAUGAUAAUAAAUAUAAAAAUAAUCCAAAACGAAUUAAGAACUUGAACAGACAAAUGGAAAUUCUUUCCAAAGCAGGAAUUGAUCACAAUGAUUUUAAAAAAGAUAAUUUUUGCUUUAAUAAAUUUGAUCAAGCAUUCUUUGUUGAUUUUGAUCAAAGUGUCAUUGAUGAUAAUCGGUAUCUUAAGAAGUAUGACUUUCAAAGAAUUCAUCCCAAUGAGAAAUGCAUUUAG